AAUGCAUAAAUAAUUAUAUUUUAUAUAUCUAGCGUUUUGUCCGAUUGAGUCUCGAUAAAACGGGUCAAAGUCCCAAAAACCGGCGUCGGUGUUACCGAAAUAUCCAGAAACAAAGAAACAGAGUCAGCUUUGAAUCUCGAUAUAGAGGGGCUUUAAUACCUUUAGCUGUUAGCUCGGAGUGCAUGUGUGUGUUUAUAUUAUCAACAAUAACACACUGUCAUCCACAUGAAUAAGAAGAUUAUUGAUAUGAUCGACGACUGAUGCUGUUGGAAGUGAAGGAAGCUGCUGGAUCCUCCGGGAUGUAACGUUAGUGUUUGUUUAGACAGGAACGCUCAGGCAACAUUGCUGCGAUGGAGAAGACAGAGAAGAGGCCUGGAUACUUCGCCAGGCUGAAGAAGAAGCGGCAGCUGAAGCAGAGCCAAUCAGAAAAGGCGGAUGCUGAACAGAGCCAAUCAGAUUUGGAAUCCAAGACGCCAGUCAUCUGUGAGCCCGCUCCUAUUGGUCGAUCUCAGGAGAGGAAUGCGGAAAGAGGCCAACCUGACGGAUCAGAUGAAAUCAGUAAAUCACGCAGUCAGACCAAGAAAGAGAGAAGUAAACCUCCAGGAACCGCGGAGUUCACCGUCGGAGCGAAGGACACUCUGAACAGCAUCGCUCUGAAGUUCAACAUCACUCCGAAUAAACUGGUGCAACUGAACCGUCUCUACUCGCUCAGCGUCGUACCUGGACAGAAACUGUUCGUCCCUGAGGUGGAGCAAUCAGAGCGGUCCUCUGAGCAUCUCACAGCGCUGGAGCUGAAGGACAGUGAAUCGAGCUGCAGGUCCAGACGGCCCGUGCGCAGAGAGACGUCGCCGCUCUCUGAAGACGAGAGUCCAGUCACUGUCAAAUUCCUCAAGAUGAGCUGCAAGUACUUCACUGAUGGCAUGGGAGUUGUGGGAGGAGUGAUGAUUAUAACACCCAACAACAUCAUGUUUGACCCACACAAAUCCGACCCGCUGGUGAUCGAGAACGGCUGUGAGGAGUACGGUCUCAUCUGUCCCAUGGAGGAGGUGCUGUCUGUGGCCCUGUAUGACGACGUGUCCCGUAUGAAGCUCAAGGACGCGCUGCCGUCGCCCGGCGAGUGGGAGGAGCUUCCCUCCGAACGAGAUCUGAACCCCUUUAGUCGUUACGAGGCUCUCGGCGCGCCCAACCGGCCAAUCGUGUUAGACGAUAUCGAAACGGCCGUCUCUGAGAUAUCAGAGUGCCAGAUCGCCGACAAAUCGCCUUUCACCAUCUCCACGCUCAUGAUGAUGAUGAUGGCCGCUGUUAUCCGUUGUAGUGAUGAACCCCAGGAUCUCUGUCCGUUAUACAGGCCCGGCGAGUGGGAGGAGCUUCCCUCCGAACGAGAUCUGAACCCCUUUAGUCGUUACGAGGCUCUCGGCGCGCCCAACCGGCCAAUCGUGUUAGACGAUAUCGAAACGGCCGUCUCUGAGAUAUCAGAGUGCCAGAUCGCCGACAAAUCGCCGUCGGACGAAGGUUUCACCGAACUGGAGCUGCUGCAGAGCGACUCUAACACCACCUGCUCUGGCCAAGAGGGGGCGCCACUACAGGAGCAAAGAAAGACGCCAACAGACCAAUCCGUGACAUCUUAUCGCGCUGAAGAAGACGAGGAUGAAGGCCUUCACAACCGUUCCACAGAUGACAACGCAGAGCUGCUACAGUCUUUUCCAAACAGGCUGGAUGCACUGGUGCAUGAUGGGAAGGAAGCCACCACAGAAGUGAACGAAGAAACCAAAACAAGGGGUGAAACGUUAGUAAAUGGAGUCUCGGCAAUCGAGGCGACCGCAAGCGACCAAAAAACAAAGGCGACCCUAGAGGACUCUGGGAGAUGUAGUAGCUCGCCCGGACCAAAUCUUGAGGAUAAUAAGGGACCAAACUCUUUUUCUGAAGCGGAGCGUCGCAGACGAGCCAGUGAGGCCGAGAUGAAGUCAUGGCUGCUGAAAAGAAUGCAGAGACCAAUCGAAGAUAUGCUGCUGUCCAAGGAAGAAAAGAGCAAAUCUCCGCCCAUGUUCCUCUGCUUUAAGGUGGGGAAGCCAAUGAGGAAGUCCUUCGCCGCUGGUCGGACAUCUAGCCCCGCCCACUCGUACGUUGGCAGAGGGCGGCAACCAGAAUAUUGGUUUGCUGUGCCUCAAGAGAGAGUGGACCACCUUUACUCGUUCUUCAUCCAGUGGUCUCCAGACACUUAUGGGAAAGAUGCUCAGGAGCAGGGCUUCGUGGUCGUAGAGAAAGAUGAGCUCACCAUGAUCGACAACUUCUACAGUGACCCGGUUCCUCGCAGCUGGGAGAUCAUCACGAUUAAUGAGGCCAAGCGACGCCAGAGCUUCAGCUUCGAGGACGAGGAACCUCUAGAUCUUCUUCCUGUGCUGAUGGACCCCAGCGCUCUUCUGGAAGACACGCACAUUGAGAAGGUUUACCGCUGGAAGGGUGAAAACUCAUACUUUGUGAAAGGAUGCACGGGUCAUCUGGGCCUGUGGCUGAAUGCUGACCUUUACCAUGGCACCACGUCCAAAUGCUCCACCUUCAACAACCUGCCACUAUCCUCCAAACAGGACUUCACCAUCCAAAACCUGGAGGUGUGGGCCUUCGAAUGA